CCAACACCAAACCUCCUCAACUGCGUUUGCUCACAUAGCUGAAGACGCUCCCCUCGUUAUUUCUGAGAGAGAUCUCCGCAAGAUGGGCGACUGUCUCACUCAGUUACAGGAUGCUGUCGACCAGCUUGCGACUCAAUUCAUUGCUUCCAUCAACUACAUAAAUCAGCACCACAGCCUCGAGACUCUCGGUCCACGCGACCAGAUCGUCGUAAUCCCCAAGCAAGAGGCAGACCAGCAAGAAGUGGAGCCACACCCUGAAGACGUUUUCCGAGCUGCGCAAGUCGAACUUGCCCAAGAUCUCAUCACCAAGGAGCAGCAAAUCGAACUGCUGAUCUCAGUUCUACCGGGCCUCGACAACAGCGAGCAGGACCAGGAGCGUAACAUUCGGGAACUCGAGGAGGAGCUUAAGGUUGCCGAAGCCCAGCGCCAGGAAGCUAUCAAGGAACGUGAGGAGACGCUGGCAAAACUCGAUAGUGUCAUUCGAAGUAUCCGGCGACCAUAAUUGUAUGGAUGGCAUUCUUCUCUUGCGAUGAUUGGAGAAGCAGGCGAAGGUCUGAGAGUUUUUGAUGAAAUGUUUCUAUGAUACCCACUGCAAUAAACAGCUACAAUAGGUGACUGGCGUUCGGAAUAGCAUAAAAAGGCGAUUUUCUUUUCUCACGUACUAAGUCGGCUUAACGGUGAACGCAUUUGUUUCACGAGACUGUACAAUGCUUGACAAGACAUUCGCAUAUGUUCUAUUCUGGUUUUUCUAAAUUGUAUCCUCCAAAUACAUAUAGCUCCCGAGUUAAUGAUCUUUACCUAUAUGCCCCCCAAUGCAGUCCUUCCAGAUGAAUGACAUUACAAAAUCUAUCUCUAGGUCGACGCUUUGAAGAACUGCGAGUAGAUAUUUCUCAAUUCUUCCAGGGUUGUAAUCUGAUAUUUUGAGGCCUUUGUUGGUGGUUCCGGCACAUCCUCUUCUACUAAGUGAGCUGUUGUCCAACCGAGUUUCUGUGACGCAACACAGUUUCCAAAGGAAUCAUCUGUCAGAUAUGAGCUUCUUAUCACGCUAGACAUGAGGUAGACAAGUUUUAGGUACGUACCGACGAAGUAGCAGUCCUCUGGC